UAAGUCGAUCAUGGGCGUGUUCCCCAAAAGUAUUGUUAGCUAACUAUUGUUACCAUUGAACUCUAUCAGUGACGACAGAACUUGUGACCGUAGUUGCUUUUAGGAAAUGCACCCAACUCGAACUCAUGCUACCGUUGAUCACUCUCAAUAAGACACCGAGUGACUUUAACAGGUUAAUGCUUUACUGAAGGCACAUGCCGAGGGAACACCUUUGAAGACAAUGCUCUUGUUCUGAGAUGGACUUUAAACACGGGCACAAAAAACUCUCACUUUUAUCCUGACACCAUCACAUGUCCACAUCAUUAAAAACUUUAUAACCAUAUUAUACAUUAACCUUGUUACUAUAAACUCACCAGAAUGUUAACUUAAGCACUUACUGUACUUUACAUCUGUACAUAUAGACAGAGAGGAGGAGAGAGGAAUUAUAUAUUUUAGAGAUUAGAGAGAUAUAUAUGAUCAACAUUUACAUUAAAGGAUACAGAACAUAUAAUGACAAUGGAUUUGAUCAGGACUGUGUGUUUGAUGCUCUGUGCUUUUACAGUCAACUCAAUUGCAAAUGAAUUGAAGGACCGUGCGCUGAAACUGAUGGCGGAAACACCGUUAAUAGAUGGGCACAAUGACCUGCCCUGGCAGUUAAGAAACAAGUUUAAUAAUCAGCUCAAUGAAACGAACCUGUAUACGCUAAACAGCACUCACACCAACAUCCCAAAAAUCAAAGCUGGACACCUGUCGGCACAGUUCUGGGCUGCUUAUGUCCCAUGUGACACGCAAUAUAAAGAUGCAGUCAGACAGACCCUGGAACAGAUCGAUGUAAUCCACAGGAUGUGCCAGAAAUACCCAGAGGUUUUCACGUUUGCUGCUAGCAGUCAAGAUAUAGAGGAUGCCUUUAAACAGAAUAAAACGGCCUGUUUAAUUGGUGUAGAAGGCGGGCACUCCAUCGACAGCAGUCUGGGCACACUGCGUCUAAUGUACCAGCUGGGCGUGCGAUAUCUCACACUUACACACAGCUGUAACACACCCUGGGUAGACAACUGGCUGGUGGAUACAGAUUCUGAGACUGCAGUGCACGAUGGUUUGUCAGAAUUUGGCAAGCAAGUGGUCUUUGAAAUGAAUCGUAUUGGAAUGUUGGUGGAUCUGGCUCACGUAUCUGAAAAGGUGAUGAAGCAGGUUCUGGAGAUCUCUAAAGCCCCCAUUAUCUUCAGUCAUUCGUCUGCAUACAGCAUCUGUCCACACAAGAGAAAUGUUCCUGAUGAUGUUCUUCGAGAAGUGAAAAACAAGAACGGGAUUGUCAUGAUCAAUUUUUAUAAUGAUUACGUCACCUGCCAGAAAGCAGCUAACCUCUCUCAUGUGGCUGAUCACUUCGACCACAUCAAGAAAGUGGCCGGCUCUAGUAUCAUUGGAUUCGGAGGAGAUUAUGAUGGCGUACCACGUGUACCAGAUGGUUUGGAGGACGUGUCAAAGUAUCCUGACCUGGUAAUUGAACUUCUUAGGCGUGGUUGGACAGAUGAUGAGAUUAAAGACGCUCUGGGAAGAAACCUGCUGAGGGUGUUCAGAGAGGUUGAGAGGGUCAGAGACAGCCUUAAUGGUGUCACGCCAGACGAUGUACCCAUCCCUCUUAAAGAGGUCCAAAACCCCUGCCGGACCAAUUAUGGUUAUCCAGAUACCCAAAGUUCAGCAUGUACACCGUCUUUAUAUCCACUAGUCUUAGCCCUGACACUGCUAACCAAGAUACUUGUGUGAUGGUCGGACUCCUGUAGUUGACUUCUGUGUGGCUAAUAAAGAUCUUUGAUAAAGAGUU